AUGGCUUUUCGUUCGUGGGAUCUAUACGAGUUUCCGCUACUGCAGCGCACGACCAAACAUUCGUGGGCCAUCAAGACCGCUACUCAGCUCGAGAAGCCGCGGUACAUCAUCUUUGCUCUGCAGGCUGGUCGGAAGAACGUUAUGCUCGAGGAUACGAGCCGAUUCGAUCAUUGUAAACUGACGAACGUGAAACUGUAUCUAAACUCGGAAUGUUAUCCGUACGACGAUAUGAAUUUGGAUUUCGAUAAAAACAGAUGGUCGAUUCUCUACGACACAUACGUACGUUUCUGUAAAACCUAUUACGGAUACGAUUAUCUCGAGCCGAAUCAAACUGUUGCGAAUUUUCGGCAAAAAGGUCCAUUCGUAAUUAUCGAUUGUUCUCGACAAAAUGAAUCGGUCAAGAGCGCAACCGUGGACGUGCGCUUAGAGUUUGAAUGCAAAGAAAACUUGCCUGCGAGUACCACCGCGUACUGUCUCAUCAUACACGAUCGCGUGGUUCAGUACAAUCCGUUGACAAAUGUUGUGCGGAAGAUCACCUAA